GAGUACCGCUGGUCUCUAAAUCCAUUCCAUGCAUCUACAAAUCAUCUACAUGACGACGUAUUGAUGAUAUUGACGUUGUGUUGAUGAUGAAACGGACAUGGGAAAUGCAAGAUUCCGGCUUAGAAAUAUCCGUCCCGCUCGAGAGCCCCUGAUCGAUUGCGGGUCUCGGCUGCCGGGCGUGAUAUACACUCUUACCAAUCACCCUGAACUCUUCUCCAUUCCUCAUUUUCCAUGAAUAUUCGUGAUUCUUCCUGUAUCGACGGGACUGUGUAGACUUUCAUCGACGCAAGCAUCAAAACGAGGCCAGCUCCAAGACAAAGAGGCUGUGGUUCAUCGUUGUCGUUGAAAGCAAGAUUACCAUACGAAAUCGAGGUGGUGGCGAGCUGACUCAUCAAGAAACCCGCCCACCAGUCCGCCGUUGCGAUCUACGCUUGAAGAUAACACAAACAGAUAAGGGAACGUCGAGAUGGGAGGAAAUGGGAUUGCGGGAAAACGCCACGGGAAUGGGAUAAGCAAUGAGCGAACUUCGUUGCUCGGGCAUAGAGAGAGUAGAGAUCGAGUUGAUGGAGACGAAGAUACAUUGACAGGCGGCCAAAGUGGGGGAGAGGAUGCUAUCAGCAAUGAUGAAGAAGAGAACGAGGAUAAAGCAAAUCAACAGGUUGGGAAGUUGAGAGCUAUAUUGAUCAGUAUCAGUGUAUUUGGCCUGGUAUUUCUUCAAGCUUCAAACAUGUCCGGAAUAUCCACCACACAGUCCAAAAUAGCAGAAGAUCUCGAUGCAUUUGCUGAAGCAAGUUGGUUUACAUCUACCUACCUCAUCGCCUUGUCUUCCAUGUCACCCGUCGCCGCUCGUUUAGCCCAGAUCUUCUCUCCGAGAAAUUGUAUCUUAACAGCCGCACUCCUCUUUUCAAUCGGGGGCGUCGUCACAUCCCAAGCUCCAGAUCUCAAGACCUUCCUCAUCGGAAGAGCCAUAAGUGGGAUUGGUGGUGCGGGUAUCAUGACGAUUAGUUUCAUCUUGAUACUAGAACUCACCACCAAAAAGCGAAGAGGUAUUUUCAUCGGGCUUGCAAAUUCCGGAUUUACCGUGGGUGUUUCCCUCGGUGCAGUGGUCUGGGGAGCUUUGUUGCCCGCUGUAGGCUGGAGAGCUCUGUUCCUGUUUCAGUCACCUCUUGCUAUCCUUUCGGGAAUAGGGAUCUAUUUCAGUAUCCCGAAGAGUUUUACAUCUGGACAGAAAAGUAUUGAUGGUGCAUCGAUCACUUCCAAACUUGCCAAGAUUGAUUAUCUCGGAUCGCUUUUUCUUGUAACAACCAUAAUUCUCUUCCUCUACGGCCUCUCUUCACCCCACAUCGAACGACUACCUAUCCUCUGCUCUCUCCUCACCCUCAUCCUCUUCCUCUACAUCGAGCUCAAAAUCGCCGUUGACCCCAUCAUACCCAUUGCCGUUUUGAAAUCGCGCGGCGCCCUCCUCUCCUGUAUUUCUCAACUGGGAACCAUGGCCGCACGAUGGACCAUCUUAUUCUACACGCCCGUCUACGCAAUUUCUAUUCGCGGCUGGUCGCCCGCCUCCGCUGGCUCUAUCCUCAUCCCUACCAAUCUAGGCUUUGCCCUAGGCGGCAUCGCAGCCGGCGCAUUCCACAUCAAACGCGCAGGGAGUUUCUGGCUACCCUCCCUCGCCUCCCUCCUCCUCUUCUCCACCACCCUCCUCUUCUUCUCGCAGCUCUCCACUCCCACAACCCCCACUCCCCUAUACCUCCUCCUCGCCCUCCUCAACGGCCUCUGCAUCGGCUCCGCUCUAAACUACACCCUCGCACACCUUCUGCACCUCACUCCCCCCUCCACACACUUCAUCUCCACUUCUCUCCUAACCACCUUUCGCGGAUUCGCCGGCUCCUUCGGCUCCGCCAUCGGCGGCGGCGCCUUCAUCCGCGUUCUGCAAUCGCAACUCCAAGAAGGAUUUUCACGGAAUGGCGGGUUAGAAGGAAGAGAAGAAUUGGUGAGGAAGUUACUAGGUAGUCCGGCUCUGGUGGGUCAGUUGCAUGGAGUGGAGAGAGAUGUUGUGGUGGCGGCUUAUGGAGAGGGGUUUCGGGUGUUGUGGAUGGGGGCUGCGGUGGUGGCGUUUCUGAUGGUGGCCGUGCAGGCUGCGACGGGAUGGGAAGGGGGAGUUGAUGCGGGGGAGGGGGAUAGAUUGGAGGUGGGAAAUGGGUUGGGUGUUGAGAAUGAGGUGUGGGAAGAGGGAAUGGAGGAGGGUGUUUAGUGGUUUUUUUUUUUUUUUUUUUUUUUUUUUUCGUUGGUUAGUUUGCUGGUGGAAUGAGGGUUGUUGUGUGAGGAUGGAGUUUGUAUAUAGAUAGAUAAAUAGAUAGAUAGAUAGUUUAGGUGAGAGGUGUGUAUAGACAUAACGGAUCGAUCUGCAUGCAAUAUAGAAGUAAGUAAGUAUAUAGAUUGUAUGAUAAUAACCUUAUUAUAGUUAUAGUAAUAUCUCAUACGCUAAUACCUUGUCUAAUGUAAAUACUAUUUGA